CCCCAUUGCCUGCAACCUUGAAUUUAUCUUUGCUUGGUGAUAAGCUGUUAGGACGUCGUAGUCAUGGACGAGCCUCCUGCAAAACGUGCGAAACGUACAGAUGAACGGACAGAUGAACGGCCCAGCUCCAGCGGAAGAGACGCCAAACCAAGGCCACGCUACGAGGGUGACAGAGACCAAGCACGCCACCACAGACGCGAAGAUGAUCAUCGGAAGAGAUCACGGUCAAGAGACAACUAUGACAAGAGGAGAGAGCGCAGCAGGUCGAGAGAGCGGCCACGUCGGGACCGGGACCGCGACGGGGAACGAGAUCGUGACAGAGGAGCAAAAGACCGCAAUGUAAACGGCGAUGGUCAUAGGAAUCGAAGCAGGAGUAGAGACAAGCACCGGUCUUCAAAAGAUUUCCGAACCGAGCGCUCACAUCGUCGAUCACGUUCGCGAUCACCUUUCAGAGACGGCGGAAGUGGCUCUGUCCGUACACGCUCUCCUCCUCGACGAAGCGACCAUGAUCGGGCACGGCCUCGAGAACCACCCAAGGCAGAAGAGGGAAGGUCAACACCAAAAGCAAAACCAGGUCCAACAGACGCUGGGAAACCAUCCGCCGAUGGUGACAGUAUGGCAGUUGAUGAAGACGACGAGGAUGCUCUUUUACGAAAGAUGAUGGGUUUCACGACAUUCAAGACUACACAAAACCAGAAGAUUCCCGGCAACCAGAUCUACGGUGUCCGGAAGGAAAAGAAGACAGAAUACCGACAGUAUAUGAACCGCGUGGGAGGAUUCAACAGACCACUGAGUCCGUCGAGAUGAUUUACAGUUGGUUUAUCGAGACGUUACGAAUCAGAUCAGUCACAAGUGGCAGCAAAACGGUGGUACUUCAUUGUGAAGACCUGGUCAUUACAGAACUAUUGUGGGCAGUCCGGUUUACACCUCUUCUGCGUCGAGUAUGCAGGAGCUGGCAAUCAGACAUGCGGCGAAGCCUUUACCUACGCGCUUAUGGUCAUCAUAGGCCCACGAGACGCUCAUACAGAGGCCAUUUGGCCAGUCACAAUCUCGAUCAGAAGUGCAUAUCUGUUUUAAGAUUACCUGUAUGACAGCUACGCGCCCAGAGCUUGCAAAAUAGGGCUUACAUGGACUAUACGAGGCCCCCUGGGCGAUGUGGUGGUUUCUUCCUCUACCACGUUGGGGAUUGAGGUCGGUGGAUGAGCAAAGAGCAGACAUCUAUGGACCUGAUGCCACUGAGCAUCAUGUAGAGUCCGCCAACGGACUGAAUCGCACGGUAUGGGAACGACCCCAAUACAAUGACGUUUCCUGCGGUCUUCCAACUCGAGCAUCUUUCGUCUCUCCACUCUUCAAGCCAGAUUUCGUCUGCUUGGCUAGUGAAAGAAUUCCAGGCACGAUCUCUGCUACCUACAUACAGAAGCAGACUGGACCAGCUGUCCACUGAAUAUAACCAUGCGAUCCGAUCGAGAUCCGACUACUUUUGUGCCCUGGUUUCUGCAUUUUGCCGUGUCCGACUCUCCUUGACUGAGCUCACAAGUCACCCAAUUGAAUGGUUCCAAGCUGAUAAAUAUACCAGCGACGACGACAACCGGGCAAAGGCACAUCUUCUUCACCCACGAACAAUCGGAAUCAAACCUGUAGCUCGAACCACCACUCUCUGCCGUCGGGCUAGCUCCGCCCUGACUAACUGUUGCGCUCGACACAGAAGCCUGCACCGCGGCCAUGACUGCUGUGGCGGCUGUAAACGCAGGGCCAGAGGCGACAUCGGUCUGGAAGGCCAGACAUUGCGUCAACGUCGCGAUCGUUGGUAGAUCCCCGCGGAACCAUGGUCUCGGCGGAAAGAUUCAGCCCUGGAACGGUUGCCUUCAUGUCAAGCUCGGCUCCCAAGGCGACGCCCGCGCUGAUGUGCGUCAGAUUGUGGUAGAGUUCCUCGAAUUCGGCCUGGCCGAAAGGCGUGCCAUUGGAGCUUUCGCAAGUCGCGUCGACGGCAUUUGUGGCGAGCUGAGUGAUCUCAAUGUGGUUCGCCGAUACAUAGCUUCCUCAUUUAUCCGAGAAAAGCAAGCUUAUUGUACGUCACCGAAACAGCGAACAGUCAAGACCACAAGUAUUGCUAUGUCAAUCUCAAUAGAGGACUGGAAAGUAUAUGUAUCUCAUCAGAAGUUAUGGACAGCUUUGCCCGUCCAGCCUUUGAUGACCUCCAAGCUCCGGACCGGAGGCAGAUAACCGGUCUUGGGGUCUUCAUACCCUUUGCCGAACUCCAUACCCAUUGUCAUCAAGGGACGAAAAUUGGCGCCAGGAGUGAUCUUGCCCACCACACAAGGGUCACGAGUCUCAACGCGUUGAGGGACAAGCAUAGGUCUUCCAACAAUGGCUUCCAUU